AUGAAAAUCCAUUAUACUAAUAUAUUAUUGUUUCCUCUAAAAUUAAAUAUAUUGGUAAAUACCCACAAAAAACCAUCCAUUACACCACGUCAUAUACAAACUAACAGAUUAUUAUGUGAGUGUCAAUUAUAUGCACCACAAAAUUAUGAUAAUGACCCGGAAAUGAAAAGGGUCAUGCAACAAUUUCAUGAUCGUACAACACAAAGGUUUCAAGAAUACGAUGAAAGGUUACAAGAAAAACGACAAGUAUGUAAAGAUACAUGUGAUAAGGAAAUCCAAAAAAUUAUUUUAAAAGAUAAAUUAGAAAAAGAAUUAAUGGACAAAUUUGCCACACUACAAACAGAUAUACAAAGUGAUGCUAUUCCAACAUGUAUUUGCGAAAAGUCGUUAGCAGAUAAAGUGGAAAAAGGAUGUUUGAGAUGUGCACAAAAUUUGGGAGGGAUUGUUGCACCCUCUUCAGGAGUAUUAGCAGGAAUUGCUGAAGGUGCGCUAUAUGCGUGGAAACCUAAGGCACUUGAGGCCUCUAUUAAAACAGCUAUAGCUGAGGGUACUGCUAAUAUUUUGGCUGCAGGUGUUGAAGCAGGUGAGGUUACAGGUAAGGAAUUAGUUAUUGCAGGAUUAAAAAAAAUGGGUAUAUCAACUCUAGAUAAUAAGUCAUUGGAAUCCUAUUUUGCUACAACAUCUUAUAAAAAUAUCACAAACAUUGCUCAAGCUGUUCAAAAACUAUAUUUUGAGACAUGUGCAUGUGAUUCUUCAGGGAAAGUGGUCUACCUUUACGGUGACGCUAACCGUCAUAUUCCUAUUUGCAAUUCGGUGUGGAACCAAACUCCAGCUGUAUUAACAACAAAAAAGGGUAUUUCAACCAAAGAAGUUAUAGAAAAAACUGUACAAACUAUGGUGUCAGACGCCGAAGGGGUUGCUGCCGACGCUAGUGCUGCUAAAAGUGCCGAGUUAACUGCUGCAAUAAAAGCUCGAGAGGCCGAAGUGAUAAAUACUAUAUUUAUGAGUAAGCAAACUGCUAUUAUUGCUUCUGUUGUUGCAAUAUUAAUUAUAGUUUUAAUUAUGUUGAUAAUAUAUUUGAUUUUACGUUAUAGACGAAAAAAAAAAAUGAAGAAAAAACUACAAUACAUAAAAUUAUUAAAUCAAUAA